AUGCCACAGCUACCUAACAUAGAUACAGUUAUCACUAAAGCCGCUUCUCACGUGGCAUACUUUACCCCUCAGCAGCCUGGUAUUCCGGGUACUUUUAGAGCUGCCAGACAAACAGGAGUGGCAGUGAAAGCACCUAAAUUGUUUACACCUCUUCGGAUCAGGUCCAUGCAAUUGGCCAAUAGGGUAGGCGUUUCACCGAUGUGCCUAUAUUCGGCCGAGGAUGGUGUUGCAACCGAUUACCAUCUCGUUCAUUACGGUCAAUAUGCAUUGAGAGGACCCGGCUGCGUUAUCAUGGAGAGUGUUGCCAUCAGUGCACCAGGAAGAAUCACCACGCACUGCCUUGGCAUCUACACUGAAGAGCAGAGAGUUCAAUUGAAGCGCAUAGUAGAUUUUUAUCACAGCCAGAACAAGCCGAUUGGACUUCAAUUAUGCCACGCUGGUAUGAGGGCUUCAUGCUUGGCCCUAUACUAUGAUGCUUUUGACUAUCCUGUGGACAACGAAAGAGGGGGAUGGUUGGAUCAGGUUUACGGGCCUUCUCCAAACAGCCAGUUUCCAUACUGUAAGGAGCUGACUACACAGCAGGUGAAGUUAAUUGUGAGCCUAUUUAAAGAAGCUGCAAGGGCUUCUAUCGAGGACUGUGGAUAUGAUUUUAUUGAGAUCCACGCUGCUCAUGGAUUUUUAAUCCAUCAAUUUCUUUCCCCAUUAGGGAAUAAAAGGACUGAUCAGUAUGGAGGAAGCUUUGAGAACCGGACCCGAAUUUUAGUGGAGAUCUUAAAGGCUGUCAAUGAAGUGAGAGAUACGUUGAAAAAGGAUUUUCCCAUCUUUGUACGUAUCUCUGCCAGUGACAAUGAUGAGACCAAUCCAGACAGUUGGAGAAUCAAGGACUCGCUAAGAUUGGCCAAAAUACUGGUUCAGUAUGGAGUUGACGUCAUCGAUGUUUCUUCUGGAGGUAUGGCAGACUCUAAACCGCCACAGAUUUACCAGACGGAUAUGGCCAAAAGUGUGAAGACCGUAGUCGGAGAUAAGUGCAUUGUGGCAGCUGUUGGAAGCAUUAGAAAGGGUAAGUUUGCCGAGCAGCUAUUACAGAACAAUUACUGUGAUAUGUGUCUUUCGGGUAGGGGAUUUCUUAAGGAGCCAGGAAUGGUCGAGAGAUGGGCCGAGGAACUGGAUGUCGAUAUCCAGUUGAACUUACAGGAUGGAUGGUGUUUUGGAAAGGUUUGGGAUCCCGAGAAAAGCAAAUUAAGCUAA